AUGACAAACUUUCUCGAUGCGUUCGAGUCAUACUUCAGGCCGGAGGAUGAUCGAUUCGCUCUUUGCUUGGCGGAGAAUCAGGUCCCGCCUGAGUGCGCGCUGGCGCUCAAGCGCUUGUACAGCCUCUCGUUCGGUCCGUUGGCGGCGGCGAUAUACUUCAUAGUCGUCAUGUGCGUCGAGGGCAACGCCGAAUUCGUAGGAAGUGCAGGUUUAGCAAUUUUAACCACCAUCAUCUGCAGGCAAGCGAGCUUCUUACCGCGCGGCCGCUCGCUCGGUUACGCCUCUCAUAUGCGGAACGCUAUGGCGAUGUUCAUGUCGCUCACAAUCUCAAAGGGCUUUGCGAUCAUGUACUCCACAUAUGAUGCGUGUAAGAUGCCGACUGAAGCGCUCGGUGAGCUCGAGUGCUCGCAUUUGAGAUGGGCAACGACCGCCGUUAUCGCAGUCUUCGGGUACAUCACGUACGUCGCCUCGCUAGUCUUCACGCGACUUGCCGAAUCCUACAUCCUCGUCCACGCGGCGAUGAGAAAAGAGGAAGUUUAG